AGAGUGGACAAUGUUUCAGACUUCUUUGGACUUGAUAUUUUAUAGUCCAACUCAAAAAGAAAUGGGAACCAGGGUUUCAAUUUUGAUCCGCGGAACGGUUGAACUAAAACUAAUUGGCUUUAAGAAUAGAGGGAUUGAACAAUUCAUAUUUCAGUUACUGUUGUUUCCUACAUUUUCCAUGUUCUCUGUAGUGUAUAUACUUGUACACUAAGGCCUUUAUCUCUGUUUUUCUUCUGCAGAAUUGAUGCAGAUCAGCAGAGAUUGGAUUUGAAGAUGUAAAUUUUAGCAGCCCUUACGAUUCGAUACUGCUGACAACUUUUCUUCUGGCCCUGUGGAACAGGAAUAAUGCAAUAUUUUUUUUCCGGUUCUAAAGAGAGGAAUUACUUGGCAACGCAGAUAAGUGAGUGACAAGGCUGCCAAAGGUGCUUACAUAAUCUUGCCAAACAAAUGCCAAAGUACUGAGGUGAAGAGACUCAUAAACUCGUUAGUCCUCCUUUCUCUGCAGUCUCCACAGCUUGUUCGUGUUUUGGACUUUCAGUUUCGAAUCCACCCAACACAUCAAUUGUCGUUACAAUUUCGAGUGAUAAGAAGUUGCAUAGCCUGCUUCUAUGGCCCAAGAAAUUGAACAGUCUCUAAUGGAUAAGUUCCAGAAUGGACUUGAUGGGAAAGACAAAAGUAUCUCUAAGAUUCCAGGGUACAGCCAAUUUCAAGAAAUAAAAUCUUUGCUUGAAGGCAUUUUCAGCUCAUCCUUGCAUGAUUCAUCCAUCAGAGACAAGCUUUACCACCUCAACAAUGUUUUGACUGAGUGCCAGAUGCUUUCGAGAAAACACGGUUUCAACUCUCCCAAGGAGCUACUCACCAUAAACAGAAUCAGAAGGGAUUUAAACAAGAUCAGGAGGGAGCUCAAGUUUAUAAGGGAUAAUGGAAAUACCGAUCCACAACCUAAUAAUGGUCAAGCAAGCUCAACGGGUGGAGAGCUUUCGAGGUGGACUACUCGGUCAGUGGAUGCAUCCAAGGUUUAUGGAUUUGAUGAUGAUGUGAUUUUGAUGAAGAAGUUGCUUUUACAGCAAGGAACUGAUGAUCGGUUCAGGGCAGUAGGCAUUGUUGGUAGGGAAGGUAUAGGAAAAACAACACUUUGCCAGCUCUUAUUCAACGAACAAGAAGUGAAAAACACAUUCCUUCCGAGGAUCUGGGUGUGCAUGGCCAGACACCCGGAUGACAACGACAAUGAGGCUCCGAAAAUAGUAAUUGUCAAAAGAAUGUUGAUGCACCUCGGAGUUGGAAAGGAGAUGGUCAAGUCCGUUUGUGAGAAGCAUGGCCUCGGGGGACUGCUGUAUGCUCUUCGCCUGCAAUUAUUGGGCAAGAGGUAUCUGAUUGUGCUUGAUCAUGCCAGGGAGACGGACUCAUGGUGUGGACAGCUGGAUUCGUGUUUGACUCGUGAUAAGGAAUGGGAUGACGGCCUUGCAUUUGGACUCCCAAAAGGGCAUGGGGGAAGAGUCAUAGUCACAAGUCAGAAUGAAGAUAUAACAAAAAUGAUGGUCGGGAAGGAAAAUAUACAUCACCUUCUGCCCCUUUCGGAUCAUGAAAGCUGCUGGGCGAUAUUCAAAGACGCAGUUGAGGAUAAACGGAUUCCGUCCAGUCCCUUAAAUUUGGAAGGUCUGACAGACAAUGAAAGCUUCUGGGCGCUAUUCAAGGACAUUGUUGAGAAUAAUCGGAUUCCAUCCAGUCCCUCAAACUCGGAAGAUGUGACAGAUGAUGAAGGCUUAUGGGCGAUAUUCAAGGACGCUGUUGAGAAUAAUCGGACUCCAUCCAAACCCUCAAACUUGGAAGAUCUGACAAAUAAUGAAAGCUUCUGGGCGAUAUUCAAGGACGCUGUUAAGAAUAAUCGGAUUCCAUCCAGUCCCUCAAACUUGGAAGAUCUGAAAUUGGAAGUCAAAGAAAAAUGUGGGGGCAUUCCAUUAGCAUUAAAGAUGAUGGGACAGGCAACGCAAGAAUCACUUAUAUCAUCCGUGGCACGAAUCCUUAGGGGUUGGCAAGGGUGGGUUCGAACCCAAUUCUUGGGGAGAUCGGACUCAUCUAAAAAUAAAACAGGACGGGGUGGGAUGAGUUUUAAAUUAAACCAGACCUGAUCUGGCCUGUUUGAAAGGUGGAUGUCCACAUUCUGGGCUCUAUGUAAUAUGUUAAUAGUUUAGUUCUCAUUGUUGUAAAUAUGAAAAAUCCUAAGCCUAUAUAUAGGUCAUCUAAUAAGAUGAAUGAGACACUUUAAUUUCUCCUCCCCUCCCAAUCUCUCUUCUUCUGUACAUUUUUCUAUACUUUAUUCAUAACACGUUAUUAACAGGCUUUUGAUUCUUGAAUUUUUCGAUUUUAUAUGAGCUAGAGUCAUUGCAUGGUUUGGAGUUUUCUUUUGUGCUCAACCAAUAGACUUGAUGAUGCUCUUAAGUUUGUCUUGGUAUAAUUUUUUAGGAUCUUUUGAUAUGGGUCCAAUUUUAUAAGCCUGUUUUGAAUGAAAUCCACUUAUAUUACAUAAGCAUAAGUGAGGGCUAGUAAGUACAACAAUCAUCCAUGUUAGCAAUCAAAAUGCACAUAAUUUACCAACAAAAUUACAACAAUUGCCAUUAGAUGGUUUAUUAGGUCUCUUGCAUAUUAAUCUCAUUGUUUAUUCAAAAGACCCCGUUUAUUAGGUCUCUUGUAGAUCAAAAGACCCCUUUAUUCAAAACCUUAUCCUCCUAUCUUUCAAAUUGGUUUGCGUCCGUAUCUAGCGGAAACCCUUUUUUGAAUCCUAAAUCCGUAUGAAGCUAUGAAAGUUAUAAAUUUUCUCCCAGUAUAUGAUGAAAACAAAAUAGGCGAAUAUCUGGUUCGGG